AUGGCAGCAGCAACAAAUGAGCAAAAAAAUGAGAUUUUUAUCAAAAAUGUGUCGGAAAUUGUGGAAAAAUCAAUAAAUUGUGGUUCACCCGAUCAUGAACUUGUUAUUUAUCCAAGAUGGAUUGUUUUCUAUUCGGAAAAUGGAUAUAAAAAACCGUGUGCUGCCAAAUUUUUCAUAGAAAAUCGCGAUAAAUUUCCGGUUGUUUAUUCGAUUAAAGGUACAGGGUUUGGGAAUUUAAAAAAGCUUGAAAUUAUUUUUAUUUUUUUGCCCCAUCAUAACUCACCUCAAUUUUUUCCGUUCAGCUCGUCAAAAAAUCUUCCGUCUUGGCUCAAAUAAUCACGGUAUUUUGGCGGCUGGCGAAAAACAAACUAUCAAAUUAUUCCUUUUGCCAUGUGAUGAAUGGCCUUUGGGAAUCAAUGAUUAUGCUGGAAAACAGUUGAAAAUUGUGGUGGAAAAUCUUAAAAUUCCAGCAAAUAUUCGACCCGAAAAUCAUGCGGAUAAAACCGAGAUUGCAAAGUAUAUUUGGAAAAAAUCGAUGACUGAAUGGCCAAUGGAAAGAUUGUAUAAUAAGGUGAGAAAUAUUCGGGAAUUUGUUUGGAAGUUCAUAGACAAAAUUUUAGAUCUCAAUUGCCAUUGAAAAAUCAGAUCCCGUUUCCAGUUCAAUUACAGCACCAGUUUCAGAAGCAAAAACAGUUGAAUCCAAAAAAUGA